AUGGCAUCGGAAUUACGAUCUACCUCAACUUCCUUCGAGGAAUUACCUUCCAUAUCAACAGAAAAGGUGAGCAAUACUCAUCCUAUGUAUAUUCAUCCAUCUGAUACACCAGGAUCGGUACUGAUUCCGGUCAAAUUAACUGGGUCAAAAAAUUCUGGCUUGUGGCGGCGAUCGAUGACAAUCGCAUUGCAAGCAAAAAGGAAAUUGGGAUUUGUUAUAGGUACUUGCAGAAAGGAGCAGUUCAGUACUGAAUUGCACGAAGAUUGGGAGACUUGCAACGCGAUUGUACUUUCGUGGAUCAUGAAUACAGUCUCUGCGAGCCUCCUUAGUGGGAUUGUGUACUCAUCGAGUACACAUCUGGUAUGGGAAGACUUGAAGGAGCAUUUUGAUAAAGUUAACCGAGUUCGUAUUUUCCAGUUGCAUCGUGAAAUUGUCAUAAUUUCUCAAGGUACAGAUUUAAUAGCAACAUACUUCACUCGAUUGAGGGAGCUCUGGGAUGAGUAUGAUGAUUUGGUCCCCACACCAGGCAGAGGAGGCCAUGUCAAGGAAGAUUGUUAUUGGUUGGUUGGGCAUCCUGGACAGUCUGAUGAUCACAAGAAGGUUCAUGAUGAUGACUCCAAAAGAAAAGAUUACGCUGGGAAUCCUGAGAGAAAGCCAUACAAUCCACACUAUGAUAGAAAAUCAUAUAACCCUCAUUUCGAUAGAAAAGGAACCUUUGCAGCAAACAAUGUUAUGAUCAAAGUUAGAAGGUCUUAUGUCACUGAGCAUGGUGCUUCAAAUAACCCUAGUUCUAGUACAGGUGUGCAGACCUUCACAGAUGAGCAGUAUAGACAGCUCCAAGAGAUGAAGAAUGAUAAGAAGCAGCAGCAUGAUAAUCACACUAAUCUGGCAGACUCCGGUGCUACACAGCAUGUGGCAUCCAAUCUUAAUCUACUAGAGAACAUAGUUGAGACAAAGUAUUCAGCUUAUCAACAUAUACAUUUACUGAAUGAAAACACAUCUAACAUCACACAUGUAGGAGCUGCUGAGUUCAUAAACAAUAUGAGAGUGGAUAAUGUUUUGCAUGAUCUUUACAGUGGCAGGGUGAUGGGGAUUGGUAGGGAGGAAGGAAGUUUGUACAUAGUGAAGUCAGUAAAAAUUGUCAGAUCAGAUAAUGGUACUGAAUUCUUCAAUGUGCAGUGUCAGAAUCUUUUUGACUCUUAUGGUAUUAUUCAUCAGAGUAGUUGUGUCUAUACUCUUCAACAAAAUGACAUUGUUGAACGAAAGCAUAGACACAUUUUGAAUAUUGCUAGAGCAUUAAAAUUUCAGGCUCAUAUCCCUGCCAGAUACUGGGGUGAAUGUAUUGAAGGUUCUGUAUAUCUACUAAAUAGAUUACCCAGUGAGGUUCUGCAAGGUCAAUCACCUUAUGUGUUGCUGCAUCAUAAGGUGCCUUCCCUUGAUCAUUUAAAGGUUUUUGGAUGUUUGUGCUACGCUACAAAUUUGGUGCCAUCUGAUAAAUUUGAUUUGAGAGCAAAAACUGUUGUCAUGAUGGGAUAUUCUACCACCCAAAAGGGAUACAAGCAAUUUGAUUGUGCUACAAAAACUUUUUUUGUUAGCAGGGAUGUAUUCAAGAAGCAUAUGUUUUCUUUCUCUACUUCUUUUACUGGAGGUGAUACUGGUCAAGAAGGUGUAGAACCAUAUACAACAGAAGAUGAUGCUAGUCAAGAAGAAACUGUAGAAGACCCAUAUGCAGCAGCAGGUGAUACUAAUAUAACUGGUGAUGAUGAUGAUGAACAUCAUGAAAUUGCUGGUGGCAAUGUUAACAAUGAAGAUACUGGAGAAAACAUAGUCCAAGAACAGGAACAUGAACAUGUUCUUCAUAAAAACCAUAGUACAUCUCCAAGAAGGUCCGAAAGAGCUAUUAAACCACCAUUAUGGCAUGAGGAUUAUGUCACCACAAAGGGAAGAGAGAAAUCAUCCUACCCCAUAUCAAAUUAUGUGUAA